AGUUCGGUCUGCGCGGACGUCACCGGCUUUCCUACAGGAAACCGUAGUGAUUGGUCCUUUUCUCUAUGGUAUCUCCGCCCCGUCAUGGAGAGGAAAAAUUAAUAACACUAAAUUUGCGGAGCUAAGACCACGUGAGCCUCCUGCUAGUGGUGACGGGGACGCACUGCCCAAGAUGGCGGUGACGCGCUACCGGCGUUUCUUGAAGCUCUGUGAGGAGUGGCCCGUGGAGGAAACGAAACGUGGGCGUGACUUGGGCACCUUCUUGCGGCAGCGGGUGGCUCAGGCCUUCCGGGAGGGAGAGAACACGCAGAUUGCUGAUCCCGUGACCUGUGAUGAAAUGUACGAGAGUCUAGCUAGAAUCCAUACCAACUAUUAUAAAAACAAGUAUCCACGCUUGAAAGAUACCAGCUUCACUGGAGUGUCGGUGGAAGAAUGCAAGAUGGUCCUUGCAACAGAUAGUCUGAAACAGAUGGAAGAAGCGAAGAAAGGAAAAUGGACCAAAUUGCGUGAGAAGUUCUCUGCCAAGAUUCCUGAAGAGGAUUCCAAGUGAUAAUUUCAGUGUUUACAAAUCACUGUAUUUUGCCUGUAUUUAUAAACCAUCUUGAAAUAG